AUGUCGAGUAGUUCUGAGCGUACCGUGAUCACCAUCUCCUCCCCCAAUAAUUCAUCCAACAACCUAACGAGUGCACAUCACUUCGUGUCGCUCAAGCUCACGCAUAGGAACUAUUUGUACUGGCGAACCCAGGUGAUCCCGUUUCUCCGGGGUCAAGGAUUAUUAAGCUUUGUAGACGGUACGCGGUCACAACCGUCACCGUUCCUGGAGGUUCCCGCUGGCGACAACUCCAGCGACGCUAUCUCCACCACGGAGAAUUCGGCCAACGUUGCCUGGGUGCAACAAGAUGCAUCCAUUCUCUUGCUUUUGAUCUCCUCCCUGUCUAAGGAGGUGAUGUAUCUAGCGCUUGGACAAACCACCGCUCGUGGUGUCUGGACGGCAGCAGAGACGGCCUUGGGAUCAUCCACGCAGGUUCGUUGUCUCAAUCUGCUUGGGCAGAUCCAAUCCCUUCGCCAAGGUGACAGCUCCACCUCCAAAUAUCUAUGCAGGGCGCAGUAUCUCGUUCAAGAUCUCGCACUUGCCGGGAGGACUCUGACGCCGUCGGAGCAGAACCUGUAUGUAUUCUGGGGAUUAAGGCCGGAGUUCCGAUCAAUGGCUUCUGCUCUGGUGAUCAAUGGCACACCAGUGUCCAUUCCGCAAUUGGCCGAUUAUCUCCAGGCCCAAAAAUUCAUCCACGAGGAUGAUUUUCCGACACACACACCGGCAGCAGCGGCCGGAUCUCCCUCAACGCUGUACGCAGGUCGAGGUCGUCGUCAGCAUGGAGAUGGCGGCCGGCAGUCACGUGGUGGCGGAGGACGUGGCAACCAGCGUGGCGGCAGGAGGCCGUGGCCGGACCGGCGGGGUGCGCUGCCAGAUAUGUAG